CUCCAGGAUGAGCCCGGAGUAUUCUCUGCGCUCCUUGCUGCUCAUCAUCCUCGCCACCUUCUCGGCCAACGCCAGCAACUGGCUGUGCUCAGGUGGGCACACAUCACCGGUGCAAGGAGUCCUCUCUGCAUCCGGAUACGGCUCCUGCCUUUAGAUUUUGAGUCGCUGGAGGCUGUGGGAUGUAGGUGGGUUUUGGAGGAUGCUCCUCAAUGCCUGGGGAAAGCGGCAGGUCAGCGGCACUCUGAGUGUCCUGCCUGUGGGAAAAGGUGGCUGCCUAGGAUGCGUUAGUGCUUAGUCCUUCUCCCCUCCUCCUUUGCCAGAUGGAGAGACUUGUGUGCCACACGUCUUCAGCAACUGGUGGGUGGAUCAUAGCAGCUAUCAAGGUGGUCUUUUUAACUGUCAUGCUUCUGGUGAAGAAACAAAGGCUGCCGGAGGCAAUAAACAGAGUGAGAAGGAUCCCAGGAGUUAUCAGAUAUUCGAGGAAUGAGUGUACCCCGUAUGUCUUCACGUGUGUGGGCUCGGCAUGCUCGGCGUUAUCCCAGGGCACUGCCAGCUUGCACCCAGCACACGGGACGGAUCCAGCCUCGCCAGGCACACGGUUCUGCACAGAGGUACCUGGCAAAGCUGUCUUCAGUGGGGAGCAUCUCCGAGGAGGAGACCUGCGAAAAGCUGAAGGGCUUGAUCCAGCGCCAGGUGCAGAUGUGUAAGAGGAACCUGGAGGUGAUGGACUCGGUGCGACGCGGAGCCCAGCUGGCCAUCGAGGAGUGCCAGUACCAGUUCCGCAACCGCCGCUGGAACUGCUCCACACUAGACACCCUGCCUGUCUUCGGCAAAGUGGUGACACAAGGGACGCGGGAGGCAGCGUUCGUCUAUGCCAUCUCUUCGGCAGGGGUGGCCUUUGCCGUGACCCGCGCCUGCAGCAGUGGUGAGCUGGACAAGUGUGGAUGUGACCGCACAGUGCAGGGGGGCAGCCCACAGGGCUUCCAGUGGUCGGGCUGCUCCGAUAACAUCGCCUAUGGCGUGGCCUUCUCACAGUCCUUCGUCGACAUCCGCGAGAGGAGCAAAGGGGCCUCUUCCAACAGAGCGUUAAUGAACCUCCACAACAACGAGGCAGGGAGGAAGGCAAUCCUGAACAACAUGCGGGUGGAAUGUAAGUGUCACGGUGUGUCAGGCUCGUGCGAGUUCAAGACAUGCUGGAAAGCCAUGCCCCCCUUCCGCAAAGUGGGCAACAUCCUGAAGGAGAAAUUUGAUGGUGCCACAGAGGUUGAACAGAGCGAGAUUGGAUCCACCAAAGUGCUGGUGCCCAAAAACUCCCAGUUCAAGCCCCACACAGACGAGGACCUCGUCUACCUAGACUCCAGUCCUGACUUCUGUGACCACGACCUCAAGAAUGGGGUCCUGGGCACCAGUGGGCGGCAGUGCAAUAAGACCUCCAAGGCCAUUGAUGGCUGCGAGCUGAUGUGCUGCGGCCGUGGCUUUCACACGGACAAAGUGGAGGUUGUGGAAAGGUGCAGCUGCAAAUUCCACUGGUGCUGCUCUGUCAAGUGCAAACCCUGCCAUCGGGUGGUGGAGAUCCACACGUGCCGGUGAUGCACGGGGGAGAGCACCCACCUGUAUCCUCUUUAACUGACCCUGCUUCUCCCUUGCCCCACAGCCAGGACUGAGGAAGUGACCCAGAUGCUGCAGGGAGAGCACACCUCUUUACAGAGACAGAACCACAGAGAAAAACAGAGUUUAAAGAAAAAAAUAUUUAAAGUUUAAAAAAACUGAUCAUUGUUGGCUUUUUAAAAUUUUGUUUUGUCUGCUUUGCUGUAUUUCUUGCUGAAGCCAGAACCCCUUAGUGUCCUGUGCCAGCAGACACGUUUGCUCUCUGGCUGGCUGGGGACCUGUGUGGUGCCAGCUCCUGUUGGAUGGGCUCCUGCUGCCUCUGGAGCGCUGCAGAUAAGAAGUGUUUAAGACAAGGGUAAUGAAGCAUUUGAAAUCUUCUAUCACAGUUAUUUUUGUUUGUUUAAGGCACAUGCUGAGCAUCUUGGACCACCACUGCCCUGGCUAAGCCUCAGGAAGGGAAGGAGCACAGCCAGCCUGUGCAGCCAGGUGCAUGGCAAGGGACAGGCAGGUGGUGACAAGGGUGGCACUGUCCUCCAAGAGUUAAGUUCCAUGUGGAGCCCAGCAAGGGUGAUCAGUUUAUGAGGGAAAUGUGGGACACUUCUGCACCUCCUUGUUGUGGGAUGCUCAAAGGCCUCCUGGGCAAUGGAUGGAUUUUGGAGCAGCUCCAGGGGCUGCUCUGGUUUACAGAAGUUCCUCAGUGGCUGCCUAGGGCUACUGGGGGACACGAUGGUCCCACCAUGUUCUGUUUCCCUCAUCUCUUCUCUAGUACCUGGUUCCACUGGAGACAGCAAAGGGCAGUGACACCUGCAAUCCACUGACUCUUAAUGGAGCUGGGAGCUGAUGGGAGAAAAUCCAAAUUGAUUUCUUUCCUUCUGUCCCAUAAUUGCCCCCACCUUGCAUGCAUCCCACAACAGGUCUCCUCUCCCACAACAGGUCUCCUCUUUCUCCUCCACAUGCCUGUUCUCCUCAUUCAGGAAGGCACUUGGGGACAGUCACCAUCCUGCUGAAUGCUGAGAAAAGCAAAAGUACACAGUGGAGCAAUUGUUGGGGGUGGAGGAAUGCUGGUGUUCUGCCGCUAUCGCUGUCUCACCCUUAGGAAGACACGGAAGAAGGACUCAGCCAGAGGGAUGCCGCCAUGUGUGCCUGGUCACAGAAAUUUAGUGCAGCAGGGCCCCAGCUGUCCUGUCUUGCUCCCUGGGACACUGCCAUGAGGAUAAGGUGCUGUCCUGCCUACUCUGUCUUCCCUCUGCCUAGGACUGGCUUAGUGCAGAGUCCUUGCUGUUGGGCUGCAGUACGAAAUAUUUGGAGAACUAAUAAGCAGAGGGGCACUGCGAGGGGAGGUGGAAAGUGAACCAAUUCCUCUCUUCCUCACUCAGUGGUCUAUGAGUCAAGAAGUAAAAGGGAGGCAGAGAAAAACCUCAAAAUGGCACCUUAAGCCAACAGGCGAGGAGUCAGCAUUGCUGAGCCCUCCUGUGUAGGAGAGAGCUCUCUGCAUGGUCCAGGAAAGCCCAGAGCUGUGGCCCUCACCCUCCCAGCUGAAGGAGGGGGUUCCUGCAAAACCUGCAGUCUUGUUUUUCUUCCUUGAGGGGGGAAAGGUUGGGGGAAUGCACAGACGUAUGUGAAAUCCCAUCUGUGCCAUGGCAGUGAUGGGCUGGAGGAAAGCCUGUGGUCGCUGGAAGAUCUCCAGACACCAUCUGCUGACAACUGACUUGAAGCAGUGCAGGGCAAGGGAGGUUUGCAUCAGGGUAACCCCCAGCGCACCCCAGCUGCCUCCCUCCUGCCUGCUCAGCACCAGCUCCAAUAAACCUCCAGCAAAAUGUGCCACGUGAUGGGGAGGGACACCCUAGGUAGGCCCUGAGGUAGAGCACCGUGGGUUGAUCCAUUUCAGUGCAAAUGAGAGAUCUGCACACCAGGGCAGGGUUUGCCUCUCUCAGUUGGCCAAGGGUGCAGCAUUAAAUCCCCAGGGGGGCAAUCUAAGCUUUGCCUCCCCUGGUUCCAUCUCCAGCCCCCCCAAGGCUGCAAAUCCUCAAAUACCUUAGAGACUAUUAUUCCUCUUCCCAGCUCAUGCAGAGGAGGUCACAGACCUCAGGCCAUUGGCCAAGUCUUCUACUCCUUGUCCAUCUAGGAUGAGGGCCAAAGCCAAACAAGACAAUCCAAAUCAGCAUGGAGAUUAAUGUCUACACAUGGGAUUUUUUCAAGCUGCAAUGAAAGCUAAGCCCUGCAAGUGCCACCCAGGGAUAGUUUGGCUCUGCAGCACCCCGGCUCUUCUCAUAACUGUAAAUUUCAACACCAGAGGGGGGGUUAGAAAUGCAUUUUCAUAUUUACUUUGUCUAUUAAAUAAUGAGUUUGUGCUGAACAAGCCAUGGGGUUUUCCUGUCCUGUAAUCAUCUCCACUGGUCAGUGUAAAACCAUAACGUGCUGCAAACCCCUCAUGGUUGCUGGUCUCCUCCCAAGAGUCCUUAGCUGGUAAGAGAGGUGCCUACAUUGUGCCUCCGGACAAUGCAAAGGGAACACUAAAGCUCUCUUUGUCUCUCCUCCAGUCUCUCCUCAGGAGAUGCUGGUGUUUGGACCACAGGCUGCAUCCCUGCUUUCCCAUCAGUGGAAGCACAGCUUGUUUCACAAGCCUUAACCACUUGACACACCACUGGCUUAAGAGGCAACUUAUUUUAGAUUUCAGUAAGUCUCUGACUUCCUCCUGUAAAGAGGGCAUCAAUAUCCAUCUGCUUAGAACAGUGCUCCUCUGCCCUGUCCACAGCCAAGGAGCCACAGCUACCUUGUGUGCUGCUGGAAGCAUCCUGCCAGUGGGCUCAACGUGCAUUUGAGCUGGGAAGGGGCAAGAACUGCCCCUAGAUGCCAAGUCAGGGACCUGCUGACUUUUACCUCCAUCCCUGUCCUGCGGUGUGCUGGAUUUGGAGGGGAUGCAGUGCCAGCUACCGAGGUACGCUCCAAGCUGCCCACAGCCAGUGCAUUUUGCUUGUCCCUUUUCCUUCCUCCAAGUCGGGAGUAUUGGCUGCAUCCUUUUCACACUCCCCUACAAUCUGGAGCUUCUUGCUUCAGCAGGGGUUGCUGCUGGGUCCAGCUGUACACUCUGCCUUGUCUCUUUUCUUUAGCUGUAACUCUCCAUUUGUGUGCUCUCAAAGCUCACCUUUCCAUAGGCCCAUGGUAAAACCACUGUCUUCUCUCCCUUCAGCCUCUCUGGUGGCAGGGGUUGAGGGGUAUUUUGUUAAGUUUAACUUGUUGCAGAAAGAGGAUGGUAGGAUGGGAGAAAAUGAUGCCUGAGCCUCCCAAAAAUCCUUACUUCCAACAGCUCCUCUCUUCCCCUGGUGGAUCCCACUCCUCCAGUACUUCUUUUCCCCACUCCAGCAGCAGCCUCAGGUGAGGAACUGUCUCCAGUGAAAAAAAAAAAAAGAUGCCUCAUUCUUCUGCUGAAACAAGGUGAAGGGAGACACUGGCUUCUCUGUGACCAUAGACAGAGCACGGUGUUUGUGUUCCCCUCUUCCAAUGCCCCCCACCUGCUCUGCCUGUCCCCUGCAUCCCACAUACAUCAGACCACAUCACACUAUGCCUUUCCCCACCACUGCAUCCUGUCACAUGCUCGGCCCCAUUCCAGCCCUACAGGCCCAGAACUAGGUCCUCAUCCUCAGCCCCCCCAACACCUUCUCCUUAGUAAGCUCAUCCCUCCUUUGAGAACUCACAGGCUGACAUCUCCACCCAGCCUCUUGCCCUCAUAAACUUUGCUGGAUGUCCCACUUGCCAACUUGAGAUCAUCAUGGCAAAAAUAGGAUUCAGCUCCAAGUCCUCUCCACCCUGCUCCGAUGGGUAAAUCCAUGAUUUUUUUCCCAUUCCCCAAACUCCCAACUUUACCACCAUGUUCUGCUUCUGUUUUCUUCACCUUUUCUACUGGAAAAUCCACCUGUGUGUCAGGUACCUUCAGCUUCAGCUAUUUCAAGCUCUGGGCUUCACAUUUCCCAACUCUCCAUCCCAGAUCCAAGCACGGCACAGCCAAGCACAUGGGCAGAGCUGGUAUUUCUCUCCAGCUGUUUCGACCACAUCACCCUCAUGCCCUUUACUGGCCAUGGACACUUCCCUCACUCCCAACUAUCUCAUUCUCCCUCCCUGGGCAUGUUCAGCCUCACCCACUGCUCCUUGCAAAGCAAUUAAAUCACCGUGGGUGACAUUAAUGAUGCUGACGGAGCGUAAGUUAGCACUCACAUCCUUUCCUUCCCUCAUACCAUCAGUGAACAUUACAGCAAAUCCCUUUGCAUAUUCCUUCAGCAAUGAGCACAGUAAUUCUCCUGUAUCUCCUUCUCUCCCUUUAUCCAUGAGUUUACCAGCUGGCUGUAGGGAAGCAAGGUGAUGGAGACAGCAGGAAAGAAGAGUCUAGGACCACCAAAGAGUAAUACUUCAAGGACAGAAUGGUGUAUUACUGCAUGGGGAGGUGAAAAAGAGGAUCAGUCCUCCUUAGAGCUGCCACACCACAGUAAUUGGGAAUGAUGGGCCUCAUGUCAGUCUGGCACAGGAGAACCCACGCUGGGGUGACCAUCACUUCCACCUGCACUUGCUGAAGAUGUCAGUGCCUUGGCCAAGCAGAGUGUCCUUCAGCAGCACAAGGCUGCAGCACAAGGCCAUGCUGAAGGACGGACACCCAGCAGAGCAGAGCCUUUGACAGCAGCAUGAUACCAUGACGGCAGGAGGGCACCCAGCCAGCGCUCCUCAGAGAGGCCUCCCGACCCUGACUGCCAAAAUCCUGCUUUAAGCACAAGAAAAUAAAUUGUGCAACUUGC